CAUCGUCUUAACCAGAAAACACAGAGAAUUCACCACCUACCACAAAUAUCACCAAACUAAUUCAACCAAAUCACAUUCACAUAAACCGGCUAAUCGCACAAAUCUCCCAACUCUAAAUCCGAGAAUCCAUCACUGAUCCCCGCCGCCGCCGCUAAUGGCUGCCUCUUCUUCUUCCUCUCUCUGCCCUAACCGCGCCCUUUCUGUCUCCUCCUCUUCACGCAGCCGCCACCCCCAACUAACAUCUCUCCUGCGCCUCCCUGCCUCCACUUCCUCCAUUUCCUCUGCCUCUCGCAUCUCCUUCGAUUCUAGGAAGCGUAAUUUCGCGGUGAGGGCUUCGGCGGCUCCGGUGAUGGAUCACUCCACUUCUGCUUCCUCUUCUUCGCCCGCUGUUCCUACACUUGUUGAGGUCGAUUUGGGGAACCGAAGCUACCCGAUCUACAUAGGCUCUGGACUUCUAAAUCAACCCGACCUGCUACAGAGGCAUGUUCAUGGUAAGCAAGUCCUCGUGGUCACCAACACAACGAUAGCACCACUGUAUCUUGAUAAAACUAUAUGGGCAUUGACGGAAGGAAAUCCUAAUGUCAAAGUUGAGAGUGUAAUUUUGCCAGAUGGGGAGAAAUUUAAGAACAUGGAGACUCUAAUGAAAGUAUUUGACAAAGCUAUUGAGACACGAAUGGAUCGCCGCUGUACAUUUGUUGCCCUUGGUGGUGGAGUCAUAGGGGACAUGUGUGGAUAUGCUGCAGCUUCGUAUCUUCGUGGAGUUAACUUCAUUCAGAUUCCGACUACUGUGAUGGCACAGGUAGAUUCUUCCGUCGGUGGUAAAACUGGAAUAAACCACCCACUUGGGAAAAAUUUAAUCGGAGCAUUUUACCAACCGCAAUGUGUGCUCGUAGACACUGACACAUUGAACACAUUACCGGAUCGUGAAUUGGCAUCAGGGCUUGCAGAAGUAAUUAAGUAUGGACUUAUUAGAGACGCUUCAUUUUUUGAGUGGCAGGAAAAGAAUAUGGCCGCACUGAUGGCAAGGGACCAAGAUGCAUUUGCUUAUGCAAUCAAACGCUCGUGUGAAAAUAAAGCUGAGGUUGUUUCCUUGGAUGAGAAGGAGAGUGGACUAAGGGCAACUCUCAACUUGGGCCACACUUUUGGCCAUGCAAUUGAGACUGGUUUUGGAUAUGGGCAGUGGCUUCAUGGGGAAGCCGUUGCUGCUGGCACGGUAAUGGCAGUUGACAUGUCUUACCGGCUUGGCUGGAUCGAGGACUCACUAGUAAAGAGAGUACAUAAGAUUUUGCAACAGGCCAAAUUACCUACAUCACCUCCAGAAACCAUGACCGUUGACAUGUUCAAGUCUGUGAUGGCGGUGGAUAAGAAGGUGGCAGAUGGGCUGCUAAGGCUUAUCCUUCUAAAAGGUCCUCUCGGCAGCUGCGUUUUUACGGGCGACUACGACAGACAGGCCCUCGAGGACACCCUACGCGCAUUUAGCAAGUUGUAGUUUAUAUAACUGGUGUUGAUGGGUGUAAGCUAUUUUUUGUUUGUUUCUUGUGUAUCAUUUCUCAUAAGGUGUUUUGUGCCAAUGCCAAAACUUAGUUUCUUUGUAUUUCAAAUGCUACCGAUAUUGCAAUGAUGUCUAUCGAGAGUUAUUCCAUUAAUAAUGUCACAAAUUUAACUCGGUUUGAUCA